CAAGUUGCCAAUUAUUGAGAGAAGGCACUGUCCAUAGAGAGGCGCGCAUGUUUGGUUGGUGGAAGGCAACGAGAGAGGCAUAUCCACGCACAUAUAUAAGGGAAUAGAGAGGGGAAGGCAUUGAAAUCAAAUUAAGGAAGAAAUUGAAGAAGCGUACUUCGGGAGAAAGUAGUUGAGAAAAAGUAACUGAGAAGAAGAAGAUGAACGGAGGAGGAUGGAACAAGGGGAUGGUGAUGGCCAGCUUGGUUGUGGCGGCGGCGGCGGCGGUGAUGGCAGCGGCGGGAGAGGCACAGGUAGACACAAAUUGCGCUCAGCAGCUAGCUCCAUGCUUGGACUUCGUCGACUCUGCAAAUCCUUCCCUCGUUUGCUGCAACCCCAUCCAAAACAUGGUCAUUAACGAUCUCUCUUGCCUCUGCUCCGUUUAUUCCGACACCGAUUUUCUUCAGAGCUUAGGCCUCAACCGCACCAUCGCUCUCCGCCUCAUUCGCCGCUGCGGUCUCACCGUCUCUUUCGCUUCCUGUGAAGCUUCGGUUCCGCCUCCAACUGAAGCGACAUUACCCCAAGCAACGCCCGGGGCUGACGGUGGAGAUGCAGGCAGGGUGUCAUGCACUACUGGGCUCGCUUUCUUACUCCUAUUAGGUGCCGCCAUGCUGUUUCAUUUUUAAUUACGAUUUAGUAAAGAAACAUUUUCCAUUUUUGGAAACUGCUUGUUUAAUAAUCACUGCUCUAUUUUCAUAUAUUGGCUACUACUCUGUUGUUCCGUUUUACUUGUAGUUGUUGAGACGCCUCUCUCAGCGGGACUUUUUGUUUA